AUGGAUCCGUCAGCUUCUUUGCCCUAUAAUGAAUUCAAUGAAGUGCUCACAUUCGGCCAGUACGUGCCAGUCCAGUCUGCUCACCACGACUUCGUCCCCUCAGUUCCCAACAGCUCCAGCGCUCCACAGCUUCGGGUCAAUUUCCAGCAAGGGCCAAAGCACACUGCGUCUUCCUUUGAAAUCGGACAGCUCGAGUCUUACAAUAACGGGCCGAACCAGACACAGGGGACUUUUGCGUUCGUGCCGACGGAAUCCCAGCAUUAUCCACCGCUUCCCACGCCACCGCAAUCAAUAAACAAAGAAACGCCAUCCUUCGAGAACAGCACUCCCCUCCCCGCCGUCGACGCUUUUUACAUUCCUUCGCCGCACCAUCUGCCGGUAGCUGGGUAUUCGCUACUUCAAGCACCCCUCGACGUCGGCAUGGACGGGCUGCUGGACCACAAAGCUCUCCCGAGAGUCCAACCAUCCUCACUAGCAUCACAAUACAAUAAGGAAGCUUUGCAGAAGGUGAAGCGCCGAAAUACGUUUCCCGAACGGUCUGCAAUAGGCAAAGAAAGAGAGGAAUUGAAGCUCCCUCGAAAAAACAGGUGUUGUUUCAUCUGCCAAAAGGUUUUCAACAGGCCUUCAGGGCUCAAGAUUCACAUGUAUAGUCACACGGGCGAGAAACCGUUCAGAUGCCAGUGGAAGAGCUGUGGAAAACCGUUUUCCGUGCGCUCAAACCUGAUCAGACACCACAAAAUACACCUACGGGAACAGGAACAAAGAGAUAAGAACGACCAACGAGGUAACUAA